AUGAAUGUGGACGAGGUUGAGGACCGCGAUGGUGUGCGGCUAUCGUGGAACGUCUGGCCUUCGUCGAAGCUCGAAGCCACCCGGACUGUGGUGCCAGUAGCCGCUCUGUACACGCCGUUGAAAGAGCGUGCGGAUCUCCCGCCUGUGCUGUAUGAGCCAGUGAUGUGCAAGCCACCUUGUCGCGCUGUGCUGAACCCCUAUUGCCAGGUGGAUGUUCGUGGAAAGCUAUGGAUUUGUCCGUUCUGUCUUUCACGCAACCCGUUCCCCCCGCACUACAAGGACAUAAGCACGACGAACCUGCCGGCGGAACUGCUUCCGAAAUACACGACCAUUGAGUACACACUCAACCGUACGUCACAGAUUCCACCCAUCUUUAUGUUUGUCGUGGACACUUGUAUGGAACCUGAUGACCUCAAGUCGCUGUGUGAAUCGCUGGUCGUCAGUCUCAGCUUGCUUCCUCCCCAUGCACUGGUAGGUCUUGUUACGUUUGGCACAGUGGUGCAAGUGCACGAACUUGGCUAUGAGAACUGCCCGAAGAGCUACGUAUUCCGCGGCAACAAGGACUACUCGCCGAAGUGUAUCCAGGAUAUGCUGGGUCUUACGCCUGGAGCGCGUCCUACGCCUGGUAGUGGUCCUUCUCAGCCACGCCAAACCACUAGUGGCCAGAUUGGUGCUACGCGUUUCCUCCUGCCUGUAUCGCAGUGUGAGUACCAGCUGACGAGCAUCCUCGAGCAGCUGCAGCGCGACCCUUGGCCUGUCGCAAACGACAAGCGUCCGCAGCGCUGCACGGGUGCGGCACUGAGCGUGGCUGUGGGUCUGCUGGAAAGCACGUUCCAGAACACGGGUGCCCGUGUGAUGUUGUUCUGCGGUGGUCCGUGUACCGAGGGUCCUGGCCAAGUUGUGUCGACGGAUUUGCGUGAGCGUAUCCGUUCGCACCACGACAUCGAGAAGGAUCACGUGAAGUAUUUCAAGCGUGCGUCGCGGUUCUAUGAGAACAUUGGACGUCGUGCGGCCCACAAUGGCCACAUUAUUGAUGUGUUCUCUGGUUGCUUGGAUCAAGUUGGUUUGUUGGAGAUGCAUUCGCUGUGCAACCUGACAAACGGCCACCAAUUGUUGGUGGAUAGUUUCCAGAUGGGCAUUUUCAAGCAGAGCUUCAACAAGAUCUUUGACAAGGACGAAGAUGGUCACUUGCAGAUGGGCUUCAAUGCGACGCUCGAAGUGCAGUGUACCAAGGAGCUCAAAGUCAGCGGUCUCAUUGGCCAUGCCGUCUCAGCGAACAAAAAAACCGCGUGUGUGGGUGAGACGGAGAUUGGUAUUGGCCAGACGUCGGCGUGGAAGCUGUGCUCGCUCACACCUCGCACAAGUGCGGGUGUGUACUUUGAAGUGGCAACACCAGCAGGCCAGCCGCUACAGCCCGGUGCUCGUGGCCUGAUCCAGUUUGGGACACACUAUCAGCACUCCUCAGGCCAGUUCCGUUUGCGCGUAACGACGAUUGCGCGUAACUUUGCCGAUGGCGAAUCGGGCCAUGUGGGUAUGUCAUUCGACCAAGAAGCGGCAGCUGUGCUCAUGGCGCGCAUUGCUGUGUUCAAGGCGGAGAUUGAUGACAGCCCCGACGUGCUUCGCUGGCUGGAUCGUAUGCUGAUUCGCCUAUGCCAAAAGUUUGCCGAGUACCGCAAGGACGAUCCUACCAGUUUCCGCCUCAACGAAAACUUCAAUAUUUAUCCGCAGUUCAUGUUCCACUUGCGCCGCAGUCAAUUCUUGCAGGUGUUUAACAACUCGCCUGACGAGACCGCCUACUACCGCCACGUGCUGAACUGCGAGGACGUGAACAACUCGUUGAUUAUGAUUCAACCGACGCUCAUGUCGUACGGCUUCGAAGGUCCUCCUCAACCUGUGCUCCUGGACUCGAUGUCGAUUCGCCCCGAUGUCGUAUUGCUGCUGGAUACCUUCUUCCACCUCCUUAUCUUCCAUGGUGAGACCAUUGCGCAAUGGCGCAAGGCAGGCUACCAAGACCAAGAGGGCUAUGAAAACUUCAAGGAGAUCCUCGAUACACCGCAGGCCGAUGCGCAGGAACUGCUCAUGGAGCGUUUCCCUGUGCCGCGAUACAUUGUAUGCGACCAGAAUGGCUCGCAAGCCCGUUUCCUUCUCUCGAAGCUGAACCCAUCCACGACUCACAUGACGGGCGGCGCUGGAGGUCAGGGCGCUGCGAUUUUCACCGACGAUGUCAGUUUGCAGGUGUUUAUGGAGCAUUUGAAGCGCUUGGCGGUGGGUGCCAACAGUGGAUAA